AAGCUGACCCACAUAUCGGACGUAGCUCCGCCAUUGUAAACAACGAUGCGACCGUCUCUUGUUUGGCAACAUGUCUGCCGAUCAUAGCUACUGUGUAUUGUUUGCGUCAAAGGAUGGAAACGAGGCCAAAAGUAGGGAUUUCAAGGAAUUCGAUGACGUCAUUUCUGAAUUUAUGAAGGAUCAAGGAAUUCCUGGUCUCGCGUUGACAGUCAGUUACCAUGGUAACGUCAUAUAUACACAAGGCUACGGGAUGGCAGGAGUCAACAGGCCGGUGACGUCAUCCUCUCGGUUCCGUAUCGCAAGUAUGAGCAAACCGCUCACGGCCAUAGGCGUGAUGCGAUUGGUUGAACAGGGUCAGCUGACCCUGGAGGAUAAAGUGUUUGGCCCCAAGGGAAUUCUGAAAGAAUUUAAACCAAGCGCCAAGGGAGAUAAGCGUGUUUUACAGAUAACAGUGCGCCACCUGCUGCGUCACUCGGCCGGCUGGGACCGGGAUCAAGCGGGAGACCCAGUCUUCUUUAAUCUCGACGCCAUAGACGCAAAACACGGUGUUGUCUCGCCUAUCAGUGACCAGUUAAAUGUCAAACUGGUGAAAUUUAUGAUGACGAGGAAGUUGCAGUUUGCACCAGGUAAGCGCCAUGCUUAUUCCAACUUCGGCUUCCUGGUUCUUGGGUUGGUGUUGGAGAAAAUGACACAGAUGAAAUAUGAAACAUUCAUGAGGGAGAUCUUUCUUAAAAUGGGUCUACCUCGGCUACGAGUCGGCUUCACGAAACGGAUCCUCUGUGAUACAGAAGAGGUUGAAUAUUUCAACAAUCGAGAUCCAAAUGUAAUGAAGUCCCUCUUUGCCAACGAGGGUCAUGUUCUGCCUCAGUACGGCUCCUUCAGUAUGGAGAAUACGGGCGCGUACGGGGGCUGGGUGGCAUCUGUGGGAGAUCUGUUGACCGUACUGCAUUCAUUGCAGCGCGGCUGUGGAGACGAGGUUGCUGUGGAGAGCAUCCAAGAGGCCCGAGACCCAGGCCCAAAGAGCGGCCAGAUCCACCCAGGGUGUAUGGAGAGGCUUCAGACUGGGCCUCAACCCACAUCUAAGGCUAGAGAGAAGGCUCUCGGUGAACAGAUUGGGGCAAAGAGAGAUGUAGAUGGGAUGCUUGACGAGACUGAUGUUAAGAGAAUGAAAUAUUGUCACAAAUAUGUCAAAGAAAGCUGUUUCACACAGGAACCUUCCACACCACAUCACCCUGUAAUUGGUUAUGUCGAGGUGGAGAUUUGCACGUGGGAUGACGUGGGUACGUCUCGGGAUGAAGAUGGGGUGUCACACUGCUGUCUGGAAUGUAACACAUUCACAUCAUUCGGAGUUCCAAUACAAGACGAAUAUUCUCACCGAAAUAAGCCUUGUGAAUUUGAGUGUCACAGACACACCUGGAUGAGUGAUGAAACUGCUAGAGAUCUAAAGAAAGACUAUAAAGAAGAAACAUCCGCAGAUAAUAUCCAACACGAGUGUGUACUUGAACCUCUCACAGUCUCUGAGAUGUUGGCGGGACCCGGUUGUGACGAUGGUAAACAGUGGUAUGGUCUUGGAUUAGAUGUCCAGGAUUGUGGCACCUCUUUUGGACACACUGGAGCUAUGGAAGGUUCCUGUGGAACAAUGAUGCAACAUAAAUCAGGGUUCAGCUGGGUCAUGUUGAUGAAUGCUUGGUCAAGAGACAUGGACUUAGACGGACUUGUUAAAUACGCCCUCAGUACCGUCAAGGGAUAUCCGCUCUAUUAUGAAGCCGAUAAGGACAAGAACAUCCAUGAGAUCAUUUCUCAGGAUGUGCAGGAGAAGGUGCUGCUGCUUGUUCCGCUUCCAGACGUCAAGGCACUGAUUGCAGAUGCUGAGUCAGCUGGUUUUAUGCUAACGUGGAUUAAUGCAUGCAAUGUUGACACGAAUGUGUAUUUUAAUUUAAUUUUUCGACAAUCCAUCACCCGUUGGUCGGUGUAUUUUGAUGUUGACGAUGAUGGUUUUUCUGUAAUUCUUGAACAGGAGGAACAUAGAAACCGUCAACCAGUUCUUAUAGAAUCGUAUACGACAAAUGACAAAAUCCACCAUAGUAUAUUAUUUCAUGAAAGUACAGGCCAUAACCAAGGGCGAAUCAUAUCGCCUAUAGUGCCUGCGAAGGUGUACCUCAAAAUGAUAUCUGAAAAACAAGCAAACGGUAUGAGAGUGACAUGCCAGUCAGCAUCUGUCCUAAAUGGUGAUAUCUACGUAUCGUCCAUUUUACAAAACACAGGUCAAGACACAGUCUCUUGGCUCCAGAUAACAGCCGAGGAGUUUCUCGUGGAGCAGCAGAGACAGAUGAAGAAAUGCCGGGACCUACACUAUGUCAAGUUUUAUUCUUUGGAUGAAGAACCCUAUGUCAGUGCGGUUUGGGCAACUAAGAACAUUGCUUCCGAUCGUUACCAGAGGCAUGGUGCUUCCAAAUAUGGUCUGCUACAAGAGCUACGUGAAGCGGCCUCCAGGAAUCUUAGAUUGCAGUCGUGUUCUUCUUAUAUGUCAGAAGGUGUCUUGAACUUUGCAGCUGUGUGGAAUCCAUCCGAUGUUUAGAGGCAACCGCGAACUGUGUAGUCGGGAUGAAGAAGCAGAUGAGAAAAGACUCGUAUGUUUUUAGGCGUAUUUAUUGUGAGAAUGUGACGCGUGGCUCCAUUGCCUCUUAGAGUCAGUGAGUGAGUGUUUAACACCGCUUUAAGCAGUAUGUCCGUUUUGUUCCAGCGUGGCAUCUUCAUGUGGAUGGACAACUGGGUUUUGAAUCAAAUUAACUGAAUGCUGGCACUGCCAAGGGACGUAAUAUUUAGUACUGGGUUAGCCGUUCCUUGAAAGCAUAUCACUUCUGAUCAAACCUAAGAGUUAUUCUUUCUUGUGUAAUGUAACAUUAGUCGCUGUAUGGCUCACUCACUCACUCACUCACUCACUCAUUCACCCACCCAC